AUGCCGUCGAUUACGCCAAGAGAUCGAAAAUCAGGUGGGCCGGCCACGUUAUGCGAUAUAGUGAUGAUCGUAGGACCAGGGCGUUUACGAACUGGAUCCCUCGGGACGUCAGGCGAACACCAGGACGGCCGCCAAAGAGAUGGUCAGACUUCUUCACGAAAGCCUGAGCGAAAGGAAUCAUUGCCUCAUGUCUCUCGAGUGAGCACACGAUUCACUGGACUACUCUGGCUCGCGACAGGGACGAAUGGAGACGUUACUGGCGCCCGCUCGAGGAAAUCGACAAACAACGGGAGUGCAGGUGAUAAAUUGAUUAUAUUGGUGAUGCAAAUUCAAAUGACAAUGCCGUUUCCUGAAUGGAAAGAUGAGAACAUCGUUCACAUGUGA